CUAUAAAUAUUAAACAUAACCUCACUUUUGAAAAAUUUAUAUAUUUAUUUAUCUUUCUUGAAAAUUUGCAUUUUUUCUUUAAAAAAUUAAUAAUAAUUAUGAUUCAAAGAAUAAAUACAAUUAAACUAUUUAAAAAUCUCUACACACCCAAACUAAAUUCAUCAGUUGUCAGAUAUGCUACCACCGAUAAAUCACUACAACACACUGACACAGAAAACUGGUCAGAAAUCUACCGAUUACCUUUGAUCCGGCUAGCUUCAGCUUUUAACAAAAUGAAAAUAUAUCAAGCUAUUGUAACAGCUGCUGGUACACCUGCUGUCUUAGCUCUAGAACAAGCGGGACACUUGGCUCCAAAUUUUGGAUUUGUAUUUGGUACUUUAGGAGUAACUGGAGUAAUAACAUUAAGUUUAUGCAGUUUGCCAGUUAAUAAAUUAAUCGGAUUUAUUUAUAUGAACGAAGAUAAUGACAAAGUCAAACUGGGUUAUGUCGACUUUUGGGGCAGAAGGAAACAUCAUGUUUUAAAUAUUGAAGAUAUCUUAACGCCCUGGGAAAUACCCGAACGAAGAAUCAAUCUCUAUCAACCAGUUACAAACCGUGAGGAUGAAUCACAGUCAUUUAAACUACUCCAAAGAUUUGGAUUAGUUCGUGAUGCUGAAAGAUUCAUAAGAGUUUUUGGAGAUGGUUAUGCUUAA